AUGUUAUUCAGGAAUACAUACAUAACCAUUACAGCUGUAAAACAAAACAAAAUUCAGAAAGGUAGUUCCCAAGAGAAGCCAGGGAGGCAGUUAUGUUCAGAAAUGGGCACACGGGCACUUCCUAAGGGGCUGGUAAUAGCCUGUUUCUUAAGCUGGGUUGGUAGACAUAUGAGUGGCCGAUUUUUUAAUUUUUGUAAACAAAACCCUUUCAUUUUAUACAGGCACACCUCAGAGACAAAUGCUUUGGAGUUUUUAACUGAUUUUAAGAAAAACCCCAAAAAAUUUGACACUGUUUGCAAGUUUGGUUCCAGACCAGUGCUCAGUCGCUUUAGUCGUGUCCUGACUCUUUGUGACCCCAUGGACUGCAGUCCACUAGGCUCAGGUCCAUGGGGUUCUCCAGGCAAGAAUACUGGACUGGGUUGCCAUGCUCUCCUCCAGGGGAUCUGCCUGACCCAGAAUCGGGCCUGUGUCUCCUGCAUCUCCUCCACAUUACAGGCUGAAUCUUUAACUCCUGACCAGUGCAAUAAAGCAAAUAUCAAAAUAAAAUGA